ACAACACUGCUGUGUAUUUUGUUUACGUUUAUGUUGGAUGAAUUCUUCUGGGCAGGAAUUGCAUCCCAAUUGGGUUGCUUUAAGCACCUUAAAUGUGCCACUGAAGCGUUUCGUGCAUGCUGGAGCUGUGGAGCAAGCGAAGGGCAAAGCAGAGAAGCACAGAAUUGAUGGCGUGAGUGGAGCUGAAGUGCAACAGUUCUACAAGGAAAUUUUGGAGACGCCCGCAACAGCCAAAGUAGAAGCUAAACCAACUAAAUGUGAUGUCGCGUUACCUAAGGAACAGCCAAGAAGUCCAUAUGAAAAGAACCGUUUCUUUCGACUGGCUAUGAGUAACGAUGUGGAGCAGCUGUCGCUACUGAGCAUUAGCGAGGAGGAACAGCUAAAUGAAUGCGACUCCUUUGGCUGGACAGCUUUGAUGAUGGCUGCGUGUGAAGGAGCAGAGGAGGCAGUUGCUUGGCUGCUGGAGCAAGGCGCAGCUGUGGAGAUGAGGGAUAAGAGUGGGCAAACGGCACUGGAACUCGCCAGAAGGAAGGGUCAUCUAAAUAUUGUCGAGCUCCUGGAAAACUUGAAUUGCUGUGAAGCGGAAGCUCCACUUGGCGUGGACUCCACAGUGGUAGCUGUUUCGCCCUUCUUCUGUGAAGUAUGCCAAAGGGAAUAUAGUGAAUCCACUUGGCGCGAACAUCAAACCUCCACGGUGCACAGAUUCAAUAUGAAAUCUCUCCCGCCGCAUCGUUUGGAAAAGUUCAACAUCUCGGCUAGGAAUCGUGGCCUUCAGCUGAUGGUUAAACAGGGCUGGGACCGUCAACAUGGACUGGGACCCCAGCAGAAUGGUCGCCUGUAUCCAGUGAAGACUGUGCUGCGCAAACAUCGCACAGGUUUGGGAAUUCAACAGCCACCGGCACGUGUCACGCAUUUCGAGGCAUUUGACACAAAUGCGACCAAACGACGCCAUGGGAAUCCCCUGCCACAACAUCAGCCCAGACGCACACGCAGCGACAUGAAGCGGGAGAAGCUGCGCGACUGGAGACGAGAGCGUCGAUUGCGGCAUGAACUGAGCUGACUUUGGGCUCAAAUGGGGGAGAUUAAACUAAUAUUUAGGAUGCAUUAUGAUUGUACAUGCGGUCGAGCAGUACAGUAGAAGCUGCCUAAGAGGGACAUCAAUGUAGGAAUAAAUUUUAAAGAGCACUGAAACCUAAGCUAAUUGUAAUUGGAAUUAAAAUUGUAGCAAUAAUUGCCGUACAGUGAGCGCUAGUUAAAAAGAACGGCUGUAUGGUGAAAACUGACUUGAGGGCUAAGUUAGCUGUUUGUUACCUCAAUGAAUAAUGAAAUUGAGCACAUUUUUUUAAACUUAAGAUAAGGCAGACUUUCUAUAAGUACAGCUGUUCAUCAGCACAGUGUUUACUGUACGUAGACUUCAAAUUUAUUUUAAAUUAACUGAUAUGAAGUACAAUCUAUAAUGAAAGAGGCCAAAAGAGAAUCAUUUGUAAAUGCUGUAAAAUGUAUAGUGAGGACUGGCUUCAGAGAAUUGUCUUGUGAACAAGCAAUAAAGAAAGAAGGAAAAAA